AUGGCGUAUCGGAGAAGGCAAGGGAUCGGAAAGUUUGCGACUUUCAAGGACGAGGUUGAUCACCUUCCGCCGGAGAUCAAGGAUAGAUCGCCGCCUCGUAUUGACCAACCCAGAUCUAAGAAUUUUACGGCAUACGAGACCGAGCCAAAGGGCUUGUGGGGAGCCAUAGCCCAGAAAGCGAAAUCUGUCAUUGAAGAUGAUUAUAAAUACACUGGUAGCUCAACAGCCUCUCAGGUUUUUGUAUUGCUCUUUAAAUCCCGGUUGAAGAAAAUGGAUAAUCCCAAGCUUCGGAUAGGGCUCGAUAAGCUUACAUCUUCUCUUAAUCAGAUUGGUGACUCUUUUGAGAAAGCCUUCGAGGAAGGCCGGACACUCGUGGAGAACAAAACAGCUGAUAUAAUCCAGGAAACACGAAAACUUCAAACAAGACGAAGAGGAACUGGUGGUGGAGAAGAGAAUCAGAAUCAAUCUUAUUCUUAUGGAGUAAGUACUUCAUGGAAAAAGUCUCCAGAGCAGCCAAUGCAGUUGAAUCCUAUGGAACAUGAUACUCAACUCAAUGCCUCUCGAGAUGUGGCUAUGGCCACUGCUGCUAAAGCAAAACUCCUUCUCCGUGAGCUGAAAACAGUGAAAGCAGAUCUUGCAUUUGCGAAAGAGCGUUGUGCUCAGCUUGAAGAAGAGAAUAAGCAUCUGAGGGAGAACCACCGUGAGAAAGGAAGCAACCAUGCAGACGAAGAUUUGAUUCGGCUGCAGCUAGAGAGCCUUCUAGCAGAGAAAGCACGGCUAGCUCAUGAAAACUCGGUUUACGCUAGGGAGAACCGGUUCUUGAGGGAGAUCGUAGAAUACCACCAGCUCACGAUGCAGGACGUUGUGUACAUAGACGAAGGCAGUGAAGAGGUGACACAGGUUUACCCAUUUGUGUCCACUUUCAUGACUUCCGAGCCUACACAGCCACCAAGUGAAGAGAUGAUUAAAGAGGUUCUUGUCAUCGCUGACAAUAACAUUCAGGAGAGUUCUCUGUGUGCAAGUAAAGUGGUUUCAGCAUCUUGA